CCCGGCCAACAAGCGUUAAGCUGUUGCUAUGAAUCUGUCACACCAAAACCCGCCCUUGUCCACUAUUAUUGUUCUCUCCUGGUCUAUAGUGACCCCUAUGCCCAGUGCUCGCUAAUCAGGAGUGUUUGCCCGUAUUUGCUGUUGCUGGGUUUGUCCGUGCUAUUGAGGGUUGGGACCAAGGGGGCUGACAAGUUUUCUCGCCUCGCCUCGUCUUGUCUUUGACAAUGAGCGACAACAACCGGCCACCUCCUUUCCCUUAUCCCUCUUAUCCCUCAUCCGCCUCCUCCGACUUACCGGACAGUGAACCCAAGUAUCAUAGCUGGCCGGUGCCUCAGUACUCGCAGCCAGCUUCUCUCGGUCCACCGGUGUCUUAUGAGCCCGUCCCCGUCAGUCAUGCUGAGAACCCCGCGGCUGGCGCCUCCCGGAGCGCUCCUGGAGAUCGCUCGGGGAACUCCAAGGUGGCCAUCCCGCGGACUGUGAGCACAAGCACCUGGACCAGCAGUGGCCGAGUCAGCCGGGCUUGUGAGAACUGUCGUGAUCAAAAGGCCAAAUGUAGCGGUCACCGCCCGACUUGCCAGCGUUGCCAGGAGUCGGGGAUCCGCUGCUCCUAUGGGGAUCGGAAACGCGAAAAGAUGGCCAAGCAGCUCAGUGAUCUGACGACUCAAGUUCAGGUAUACGAAGCGGUCUUGCGAGAGAUUGCUCCCAAGUUGGACUCGCAGACGGCCCAGUACGUCGAACGAAUUUUGCACGAUCAAAGAGACGACCAUGAGCAGCUCGGUGGCCUUCAUGCGUCGUCAUCAUCAUCGUCAUCAUCAUCGGCCACCAAAAUAGCCGAUGCAACCCUUCUGGGACAUCCUUCCCCAGGGUCUUCGCUGGCAGCUCUAGACUAUACCAACGAAGAUUUUAACCGUGACGAGAAGAUACAAGCCAUGGGCUUUGUGGGCGAACAUUCCGAAAUCGCCUGGAUGUACAGACUGAAGCGCCUCCUAGAACGAUCGAACUCCGCCUCCCCCCGAGAGACCUGGGAUCGACAUUCGGUCUCUUCCGUCAAUUUCUUCCUAGACGACUCGGAUAUCCCAGUUAUUGAUGAUGUUGAUCCGUCUCAACGACCUCCUGUUGCGGUUGCUGACCAACUUGUGGACGGCUAUUUUCAUGCCGUCCAUCCAACGUUUCCAAUCGUGGGCAAGAUGAUCUUUCUGGCACAGUACAAGUCUUUCUACUCGGCUCCCCAUGUACGGCCGGGAAAGCGAUGGCUUGCGAUACUUAAUCUGAUCUUCGCUGUCGCUGCGAAACAUGCGCGUCAUUUGUAUAAUGAUGCUGGCAACGGGAUCGAUGACAGUCUUGUCUACUUCUCACGAGCGUGGAAGCUUAGCAUGAGUGAUACAGCUCUGCUAGAGCACCCGAAUCUGCAGCAAGUACAAGUGGAGGGGCUGACUUCCUUUUAUUUAAUGUCUAUAGGACAAGUCAACAGGUCCUGGAGAAUCUGUGGUAUCUCUAUCCGUUCGGCUGUCACGAUGGGGUUGAACCUGCGGAGUGAGAGCAAUUCCAUUGUCCACGUGUCCAAGGAGACGCGUUAUCGGGUUUGGUGGUCUCUAUAUAUGCUGGAUAACUCACUCUGUGUAAUGACGGGUCGCCCACCGAGCACCAAUGACGUUUUCUGCACCACGCCGCUCCCAGUACCUUUCAAGGAGGAGGAAUUCAUGGAUAACAAGGUCGUUCAACUGAUAGCUGAUCAUGAAGCUCGAAAUAUUUUCAUGGAAACCUUCUGUUUACGGGUUCCUGGAAAAGCCCCCGACAUUGCGGGCACGCCCGAUUCCUACCGACUACAAAUGUCUCCUUUUGGGAAACAAAGUGACCAGGUCGCUGCUGGCGCCAUCGAAGCGCUUACCCCGAACACUUCGCUUUACUUUCUUUAUCAUAUUGACCUAGCGCUGAUCAUGCGAGAGUCUGUUGACCUAUUGUAUGCUCCAGGGGCAGCUCGAAAGUCAUGGCGGGAGAUCGAGGGGUCCAUCUCCAUGCUGCACGGCAAGGUUGAAGCCUGGCUGUCCAGGCUCCCGCCCGCCUUCCACUUUACGAAAGGGGCGCCGGCGUUCGAAAGGCAACGGGCAAGCCUGGCAUUUCGCUUUUGCAGCACCAAGAUGCUCAUUACGCAACCGUGCCUAAGCCGUCUCGCCCAACAAAAUCACGGCAAUGACCCACCGGGACGGUUCUGCGAGACCAUGGCAACCGUGUGUGUUGACCUCGCAGGUCAGAUGCUCGACUUACUGCCCGAAUCCCCGGACUUGGCCUGGGUCUAUGGCGUCUCUCCCUGGUGGUGCAUAUUACAUUAUCUGAUGCAGUCGACUACCGUCCUCAUCAUGGAAUUGCUGCUCAUGACCAAGCCGGGGAGUGCCAAGUUUCGGCGGGUGCUGGUGCAGGUGUCUAAGGCGACCGGCUGGCUAGCGGAAAUGUCGACGAAGGAUCCAUCCUCCCAAAGAGCCUGGCUGGUGUGUAAGGAACUUAUCGCUGAGCAUGCCCCCGAACUCGGUGGCAUCGCCAGCCCCGCCGACCGCAGCAAAUCCUGACCGUCCGCACGGUCCAAACAAACAUUCCAUGAUGAUCCCUCCCAACCCACCUUGCGUUUCCGAAACAAGACCGAUGGCUGACCGAGGGCCCUUAUCCAGUGAUGCAAACCUGGACUGACCCGCUGUAGCGGGUUUCCCACCUCCCGCCAGAGUGGUGACUAGGAUCGCGUGCUGACCAGAAUGUCUCGGUCGAGGGAAAAUUGUUUGCUUCGACUUGGGUCGUCGUCUAUGUCCCUCCACCAUCUAUGAUCAUUGGACCACUAAACUGGUACUUGAGUAGGUCUCGUUGACAUUCCAGUUUUUAUCAUGACUAUUUUAUUUCCUUUUUCCUUCUAUCUUAUUUUCUUAUUCCUCCCUGUUUCUACUCCUGCCCCGUGUCCCCUCUAUAGAUUGGAACAGGCUAUCUAUGAUGGUCAAUAGAUGUAGACAACCCCAGCUCUGCAGCAAUGAAAUUCGAGGAGGGGAUCUACAUAGCGCAAGCCUUGUCUUAAGUCGCAGCCCUUCCGUGGCGUUUCAGUCCGCAUGGGUCUUGCCUCUUUUUGACAGUUUCUAUUCCCCAAUGACUGUUGCAGCUUUCUACAAUCCGAUGGCCCUCCCCCUCCCUUCUUUUUCUUUUUCUUUUCUUUUUUUUUAUCCACCUGGGAGACGAGGCUAGUUUGUCAGAGAAAAAGAAAACGAC